GCGGACGUUUUAUAUAUUUUUGCAUCGAAAACUGAUAAAUUAUUUUAGUUAUGAGUAUCUUGUGACCGCUAGAGCGUAUUUGUUAAAAUUAGAUUGUAAACGUUAGUUUUUAAUGUGUAAAUAAUUUUAUUAUAUCUAGAGUCACAUAAUUAUUAUUGAAAGUAUUUAAGUGCGUGGACGUUUUGAUCCGUAUUGUUGAAAAACGAAAAGUCUGUGAUAUAAACAAUACUUUAGGCUAUAGUUUAGUUUCAUGAACAAUUUUGUAAAUAUUGUAUAGUUGUUAAAGAAUUUUAAUAGAUUUAAUAUAUUGAAAGAAGACUGAAUAACUUUGUGAGGAAGAUUGCUAGCUAUGUCAGCUGUAAACCUAUUGUCUUCACUGAAGGAGAAACCAAAUGACGAAAAACAGAAGGAUGGCUCAAACCAGCAGGGUCACGAAGAAAACGGUGUGUCGAGUGGCGGCGGUGAUCCGGCAGUACUCGCCGUGGGACCAGCUCGGAAACCUCUCACGUAUACUCGAGAGGAGCUGAUGAAGCUGAGGAAUUCUCCGCUCGUCAAACGGAACUUGGAGAAGGCGUUCGUUGGCUGUGACGCUUUGGCGCUAGUCUUGAAGAAACGGUCCGAAUCGCCUAACGAAGAUGACCGAGGCACCAAAGGCGAUGCUCCUAAUGAAAAUCAUAAUAAUAGUAAUAGUAAUAAGGGCGUAUACGGUCGCGGAGGUCGCGCGGCCGACCCCCGGGAGCGCGUGCGGCGGGAGAGCGAGGCGAGCGCGGGCGGCAUCGUGCUGUCCCCGCAGCGCCGCUCCUUCACGUCGGGGUGCGGCGCGCCCGCCCCCCGCGCCGCCUCCCCCGCCCCCGCGCCGCCGGGUAACGCCCCCAACGCGCACGCACACCAAAAAACCGAACAAGCGGGUCGUCGUAUAGGUUCGGGUCGUAUCAUGGUGCGCGAGGCGGGCGGAGUGGGGGGAGCGGGAGGGCCGGGCGGCGCGGCCUGGGAGGAGCCCGAGUACCGACCGGAGCCCUACCGACCGCCCAGGGAACGACAGAAUGCUGACAGGUACGAACGUCGUUCGUUCGGUCGCGACUCCUACCCCUCGGAUCUGAAGCGAGAACGCGACGACCGCUUCAACAACGACAAGAUCAGGGACAGAGACGAGCCCCGCAGGAAUAACCGAUACAACCAGCGCCGAUACGACAAGGAAGAGGAACCCGAGUGGUUCAGUGGGGGACCGACGUCUCAACUGGAGACCAUCGAGCUUCGCGGCUUCGACGAUCCGCCCAAGAAGAACGGGACCGCCAGCGAAAAGGAGACCGAUAAGCGCAGCAACAGCGGCGGCUCGCGGUCUCCGUCGGAGCGGUGGCGCGAGACGUCCUCGCCCCUGUCGCAGCCCACCAUCGACUCUGUCAAUACCAGCAAUGACAAGGAUUCAGGAGUGGAGUCGAAGACGGAAGACGUUCAUCAGAACAACGACCAGCCGGAGUUCAACCUGGACGAGUUCCUCAAGUUUGACACGAUUCCUGAUGUACUCACGAACGGCGGAAGCGAAACCGAAGGCGGAAGUCGUUUUAGUCAAUGGUUCAGACGGGAGAGUCCGACAAACGACAAGCAUUACGAGAGACUGCUCCACAAUAUUGUCGAUGAGCUGGAGAGUCCGCCGCCGCGCGAGGCCGUGUUCGCGCCCAUCGCGCCCGCCGCCCCGCCCCGCGCGCCCCCCUCGCUGCUCGACCUGCUGCUGCGCGCCAACGACGCCCGCCCAGAGGCGACAUCGAUUGGCGGCAAGGUGCAUAGUCUCGAAGAGUUGGAGGCUCGACUUCGGCCGCAGCCGGUACAGCAUCACAACGUUCCCGACCACGAUCUCACUGCAUUUAAACGACUCCUGGCGCAGGUGUCGGGCGGACACGCGGUGGCAGCCGGCGACCCUCCGCGUCAUCAACCCAUGACCUUACUGCAGAUGCUGAAUAAAAGCAUGGAGCAGCAACAGCAGCAACAACAACAACAGCAACAGCAACAACAACAGAAGGCUCAGCAACAACAACAACAACAACCGCAUAUACCUCAAGAGCUCCUAUACAAGCUCUUACAAGUCCAACAGCUGACCAAUACUGACGAGCAUCCCGCCCAUACCAUGCGACCGCAGCAGCCGCCGGACCUGCCGGCCCACGGAGCCGUCAUCACGCCCUCGGACCGCGAGCUGCUACAGAGGCCCGAAGCUCAGGCGAUCGUGCACGGCUUAAAAGCUGGCGAGAUCACGGUCCAGCACCUGAUGCAGCAGCUCAGCAACCCGGGCCUGCAGAGCAGACACCGCGAGAUACUUCUCACCAUCCUACGUUUGCAUCACCAACAACGACAGAUGAGUUCCCCCCUCCCGUGCGGCGCGCACCUCGCCCCCCCGCCGCACCAGCCGCUGCGCCUGUCGCCCCUGCCGCACCAAGCGUUCUGUGUGUCCCCAAUAAUGGCGACCAGUCCGAACACGCUGACGGUACAUCACACAGCGAGCGGCCCCGCGCGCAUCCCGUCCCCGCGCGAGCUGGCCGCGCACACGCAGUCCAUCAUGCACAGCGCGCUCAUCAAGAAGAAGCUGGAGGAGCAGCGCGAGAACUACCGCCGCCGACACGAGAUGCAGCAGCUCCAGCAGCAGCAGCAGCAGCAGCACGUCAAGCAGUCGACGCCGAUCUCCUUCACGCCGACAUCCGUGUUACGUAAGAUGACAGCUGAGAAGGAAUCCGACUCGCCGAGCCCUAAACAGUGGCAGUCCAACAAGAUACCGCAGGGACGACCCAUUGUCAAGGGGAACCAAAGCGGCCCAGUUCCUAUGAACUACAAUCCUGUGUCGAACGAUUACCAACACUAUAUGAACCAACAGCAGCAAAUGCCCGGCGGCGUCCGUCAGUUUCCCCUUCAGCAACAGAGACAGCAAGGACCCAAUACGUAUAAUAAUAUAAAUAACAUGAACCGAGGUAUUUCCGGUGGAACCACUCUGCAUCAGCUGCUCGUUCAGUCCCACCAGCGAAGCAUGAAUGAGCUGGGCGGAGGCGGCGCGGCGGGCGGCGACAACCAGCUGGCGCGGUGGUUCUCCCCGGAGCUGCUGGCACGUGCCUCGGCCGGGAAGCUGCCCUCCGUGCACGUGCCCAACGCGCUCUCGCUGGAGGAGCUGGAGCGACACCACGCCCCGACCCCUCCCGCGCGCAACUGAACCCGCCCUGCAAUACAUCGAAACAACUGAACCACACCACACGGCUCUCCGUCGUAAACAUCACUUCUGCGUGCUUAGUGCGAGUUUUUUAACGUUCUCGAUAGCGUAAAAGUUAACUCUAAUUUGUAUGCAUUUGGAACAGCGCCCCUAGCGGCAAACGUAAGCAAACGUUGCAACUCUGUAGCGUUUUCAACGCUCUCAAUAGCGUAAAAGUUAAAUUUGUAUGGAGUUGUAACGUUGGCCGCUAGAGGCGCUGUUUUACCAGCAUACAAA